GACUUUCACUUGCAUACUUACUGCUGGAAAAAUACAGACAGAGCACAUUCUCUUGUCAGCCACUCUGAGGCCUUGUCUACACUACCGGGGUAAACUAACAGGAUGUGGAGCAACAAAUCGAAGGAGGUGCCUUUACAAAACCCAAGGCACACUCAGAACAGGGAUUCCCUCAGAGAUCUAACCACAGCUUGGGAUACUUUUUCUCAAACUAAAGCUACAUUGCGUCAUAUUGAGAAUAAACUGGAGGUAGCGCCUACCAGCACAGCAGUGUUUGAUUCUGUCAUGGAUGCCAAGAAACCGUCUGCCAGUGCUACCAGGAAAAUAAGCAGGAAAGAUGGUAGGUACCUAGAGGAUUCCUUGGUUUCUGCUUCAGCCUCCAGGUCCUCCAGCCAAAAUAAGUCACGCAAAGAGAAGUCCUCCCGUAGUCCUCUUCGAGCUACAACUCUGGAGAGCAAUGUGAAAAAGAGUAGCCGUGUGGAAUUUCGUGAACCCUUGGCUUCAUACAGGGAGACUUAUGGUGUGCCAUCUUAUCAAAGUGCUAGUCAAUUGGAGGCAAAAUGUUUGCUGUCUGGUUUAGACCGUAAUGAAGCACAGGAUAAGACUGAAGGAAAGAGCUGUAUGAUAUAUGACAGGAAUGAAAAUGACUUGCAUAACAGAAACUUUGAAAGCCCACAUUCUUCUGCUGCAGAUGACACAGUUGUUAGGUAUUUGAAUGACCGACCAGCAAUUGAUGCUUUGCAGAACAUUGAGUCUCUUUUUAAAGCUGUAACCCCUACAAGAUCAGAGGAGGAAAAGACUAAUGGAUCCAGAAGAGAUGAGAGCAGCACUAAAACUCCUUUGAGUAGCACAGCCCAGGAUGCAGAAUUGAAAGGGAUAAGGCUGGCAGAAUCUUCUCCUUCCUCCACUAGUACUUCUAGUGCCCACAGGCUGGAAAUCUUAAAACGGAGGCAGCAUGACGCUAAAUUGCAUGAUGCUAAAUUGGAGAAGCUGAAGGAGCGGAUUAGGAAGCAAUGGGAGCAUUCGGAAGAAUUAGGCAGCAAGGGACAACUUCUGGGAUAUGCCGAGCAGCCUGUAGUGGUAACAAAUGUGGAGAACGCAGUGACGCCAAAAGUCAGAAAAGUGGCAGUUGCACCCCCUGCUCCAACAUAUAAAGGUUUCAAUCCUGCUGAGACAAAGAUUCGCACUCCUGAUGGAAAGGUGUGGCAUGAAGAGGAGUUUCAAAACAUCAGUAGGGAGUUGUAUCGAGAUAUAGCACUCCAAUUAACAGAGGAUUCAACAGGGAAAGAGAAACCCCCUGAGAAAAGCAAGGAGAAGAAAGCAACCAGACCAGUGCGCAAGGUCCAAAAGCUAACCAGGUCAUCAAGCCCAGAUUCCAAACCAGGUGGAGGUCAUCUGAUAAGUACAUCUUCCUGGCGGGAUGGACAAAAGCUAGUGAAAAAGAUACUGGGUCCAGCACCUAAAGUAGAGCAACAGCACAAAAGAGCAACAUCCAGUGACAGAAAUGGAAGGGAGAGAGCUACUAAAUCUCCAGGCCCUAUUGGAAGGACAGGGUCAGAUCCCAGACUGGAUGUUACCCACAAAACCUGUCCAAGAAGUUCUGAAUGUUCAAGGAGUAAAGUACAGUCUGAGAGUAACCUGAAGAAAUUGGACUCUACUCUUCCAGAUAGUAAACAAGAUGAAGACCAUACCUCCUUAAAUAAGGACUUUCUGCCCAUAGAGAUACGUGGAAUUCUUGAUGACCUACAGUUGGACUCAGUGAUUCCAAGUACAAAGCAAGAGAGAGAUGGGGAAAGGCAAAGUCAGAAAUCUGCAGUGCCUACACAAGGUGCCAGGAGUCACAGUCCAACAAAAAGGAAACCAGACAAGUUAGCUGCUAGUGAAGAGCCUCAAGUUAUCUCCAAGAAACGUCACUAUGACACAGAUGAGGUUCGCCAGUACAUUAUUAGACAGCAAGAGGAGAGGAAGAGGAGGCAGAAUGAAGAGAAGAAGGCACAGAAAGAGGCAACAGAACGGAAGAACAAACGGCUUCAAGAGCUUUACAAGAAACAGAGAGAGGCUUUUGCUAAGGCAAAGAACAUUCCAACUUCUGAACCUUCAGCAGCUAGGCGACUACAGGAAACCUAUUCUAAACUGUUGCUGGAACACACUUUGCUAGAAGAAACUUCUCAGCUCCCUGUUGCACAGGAAAUGCAGCCCAGGCCUGGAUAUCAACCAUCUGGGGAAUCUGACAAAGAAAACAAGGCACAGGAACGUUCUCCUAGUGCAUCUUCCAGUAGUGAUAUGUCCUUGUCGGAACCUCCACAGCCUCUUGUUAGAAAUGAUUUGAUGGAGCCUACGUGGAUACAGCCAGAUAGACUGAGCCCAAGAGUCCAACUCUCUCACCCACAACCUCUUGCUGGCUCAAGUGGAGGACUUUUCUCUCAGCUUUUGGAUCUGGAGCAGAUGGGCCUUUUGCCAAAGGACUUUGACUCAGUACUGUCAACCAGGAGGAACCACAACACAGCUGUGGGAUCCUUGACUUUGACACCUCAGCCUUACCUGACUUCAUCUGCUGCACAGCAAGAUCUCUUGGUAAAGCCUGGUGCCAGCCAAUAUAAGAGUAAACUGGAUCGUAUUGAAGCCCUGAAAGCUACAGCUGCUUCUUUGUCUAGCAGAAUUGAAAGUGAAGCCAAGAAGUUAGCUGGGGCGGGCAUCAACUAUGGCUCAGUGUGGAACUCUGAGCAACUACUGCGGGGGAAGCAGGAUGAUGGACACUGGGCUAAGGCUGUGAGUCCCCCUGUGAGAGAGGAUAAUGAAGAUGUUUUUUCAGCCAGAAUUCAGAAAAUGUUGGUUACUUGUGUGUCUCAUACAACCUUUGAUGAUAACCUUCCUGGAGUGGGCAACCUUAGUGAAUUUAAAAAGCUCCCUGAGACUAUCAGGCCUCAUACUGCUGCAGUCAGCCUUGGAAUGAGAUCCCCAGCGAGUCAGAGACCUGAAGGAAUGCUAGGACAUUUAUCAAAGAGGCAAACUGACUCCCCUGGGUCUGAAAAUCAGGCUUAUAGUCAAAACAAAGGCAUAAUUCCUCACGAUUCCAGCACAGAUUCAAUUAGUGAAGGACCUCUUCUAAGUGAGGGGAGUCUCUCUGAGGAGGAAGGUGACCAACAUAGGCAGUCUCCUUUGAAAAUUGCUGAGGUGUUAAAAGAAAAGGAGUUCUGUGUUGGGGAGAGAACUGCUUUUGAGCCCAUAAAAGAGUUUCAGAAGGAGGCAGAAAAGUAUUUACCACUUUUCACACAGACAAGUGGCACACAAAGCAAGGGACCAUGGGAGGAACUGGCCAAGGGAAGUCCACAUAGUGUCAUCAACAUAUUUGCAAAAUCUUACCAACUACAUGGAAAAGGAUUUGAGGAAAGGUCAAAUGGAGGGUCUCCAAUCUUGCGACCUUUACUUCCUACCAUGAGCCCUCCAGAUAGUGUUGUUUCGUAUGAAGAUGACUUUGUUUCAUCACAGGGCAGUGGAACUUUGACAGACAAACAGAUUGCUCUUGAGCCUAGUAUCAGUGGCAGCAGCAAUUCCAGCAUUCAAGAAGAGCUUCCCAGCAGGAAGUCUCCCCAUGAACACCGAUCUAUCGAGCUAACCUCUCAGCAUUCACCUGUACCCUGGUCUGCAGCAUCUUCUCGCUCAUCUGGAUCUUCUAAAAGGAGAGGGAAAAAGGAAAAAUCUUUCAAUGGAAGUUCACACCACUUUCCUGUGGAAGACGACAAAAUACUAUCUGAGUCAGAGCGUGGGUCCCAGCAAGCAAAGAAGUCCUUGCCUAACAGCAGAGUUUCUAAUAGAGACCCUGAACAGAACGCAGAUACUGAUAGCACUUUGGAAGAGUUGUCUGGACAUUCUUUGCUGAGUCUCUCAGACAAGGGAAGGUCCCAGAAGACCCCAACCUCUCCCCCAUCUCCAGGCUCCCAGAAACUGUUACAGUUUGACUCUCUAGGAAAUACAGCGGAAAGAGCCAGGUCCCCUGCAGGCUUUCCUGGGACUACAGCUUCAGGGUUCAAGCCCAAUGUACCCAUCUCUGACUUCAGCCUGGGAACUAGCAAGACAGGAGCAGCAGCAGUGGCUGGAUCCAUGCGCUUCUCUCCUGCUGGUCUCCAGCAUCGUUUGUCAGCAGAGCUCAACUACCUGAGUGCCAUUGAGGAAUCUGUACGGCAACUCUCAGAUGUAGAACGAGUGCGGGGCAUAUCACUUGCCCAGCAGGAGAGUGUUUCACUGGCUCAGAUCCUAAAGGCACAGCAGCAGCGACAUGAGCGGGAUUUGACUCUUUUGAAACUCAAGGCUGAGCAAGAGGCUUUAGAGAGUCAAAGACAGUUGGAGGAAGCGAGGCAGAAAGCGGCUCAGGCCCAUGCAGAAUCUCUGCAGCAUCUUGUCCAGUCACGACAGGAGGCAGCAGAAGCACUACAGGAGACGACAUGUAAAAUUGCAGCCCAACAGGUGGAAGCUGCUCUGCUCACCACGGAUGCAGCUCGCCAGAUCCGCGAGGUGACAGAGUUGGCACGAACACAGAUAUCAGAUGCAGUCAGUGCUCCAGCAGCUCCGAUCACCACACUGUUUGACCAUCAGCGGCAACAUCAUUCAAAGUUCAUGAAAGAGCUCAGAGAUCGAGCCGAUACAAACAGGAAAAAUGAAUCUGGAACCCCUUCACAAAGUAAAGAGAAGACAGCUGACUCAAAGCAGACAUACUCCCCGUUAUUUGAUAGUUACUCAGAAUCCUCAAGAUCCAAGAAUCAUGAUCAGAGUAGCAGCAGCAGCCGGCAGGAGAGUCCUUCAGUUCCUUCUUCCAAAGAGAAUGAGAAGAAGCCCUCCCGACGUGAAAAGACAAGCAGCUCCAUAGAAGAGCAGGCUCGUACUGCUGUGGAUGAUUCCUUGCGGAGCGAUAGUAUUCCAUCACUACCAGAUGAGAAAGACUCAGCUUCCAUUGCGACAGAGUAUUCCCUGAAAUUUGAUGAGUCCAUGACAGAAGAUGAGAUAGAAGAAAAGUCUUUCCGGUCUUUGCUACCUUCUGAGAGCCAUCGCAGGAUUAACAUGGAGAAGAAACGAGGUCAUCGAGACGAUUCUGAUGAGGAAGUCUCCCCAGAAAAGACAGCCCUGUCAUCUGUCAAGGAGCUAAGUAUGCCAUUCUCAGGGGGGCAGGAUAGUUUCUCUAAAUUCACCAUGGAGAUGGUACGGCAGUAUAUGAAGGAAGAGGAAAUGCGAGCAGCUCAUCAGUCUUCACUGCUUCGGCUCCGUGAAAAGGCACUGAAAGAGAAAACCAAGGCUGAGUUAGCCUGGCUGGAACACCAGAAAAAACAUUUACGAGACAAAGGAGAGGAUGACAAGAUGCCACCUAUCCGAAAGAGACAGCGUGGUCUGCUAUUGAGGCUGCAGCAGGAGAAGGCGGAAAUAAAGCGUUUGCAAGAGGCCAAUAAGGCAGCUCGGAAGGAGAGACAACUGAUACUUAAGCAGCAGGAGGAGAUAGAACGAAUCCGCCAGACUACCAUGAAACUGCAGGAAAAACUGAAGUCUGCAGGGGAAAACAAGCUGGAGGUUCGCAGUGAGGAUGAUAUAAAGCAGAGCAAUGCUUCCAGCCCACUUCCAACUGAUGUAGAGACCCGUAGCCCUUCCCCAAUCUCCAUCUCCAGUAGUGAGACUAGUAGCAUCAUGCAGAAGCUCAAGAAAAUGCGUAGCCGAAUGGAUGAAAAGUUCCUGACUAAGCGAGAACAGAAGCUGAUGCAGCGGCGACAACAUGCUGAAGAACUGCUGGAGUGGAAGCGCCGUCUAGAUGCAGAGGAAGCAGAGAUACGUCGGAUGGAGAAACAAGCCUUAGCUGCUUGGGACAAAGAGAGACACAAAACAAAAACAGCCAAGAAGGAACUGGGGGACCAGAGGGCUGAACCCAAAGAAGCAGCCAGUGAAGAGGAGUCUCCAGUGCUUUCCUAUACUCAUGUAAACAGUGAAAGCUCUGUCCCAGAAGAACUAGGCAGUCCAGCUGGUGAACCUGUCCAAUCAGAGCCUGUGGACCAAGGGAAGCCAGUAAGCCCAGAUCAUAGUACACUUACUGAAGAAAUGGUUUACUCACAGGAUCUAGAGUCUGCUACCUCACCAGGCAAGCUUUCUCCUUCAAAAAGCAGUACAUCUAUCUCAAAGCAAGAUUCCAUCAAAGGAAGCCACAGAACUGGAGGACAGCUGCAUUUACCUGUGAAAUCCCAUCAAGUAUCCCACAGUUGGUCUGAUGAGUCUUUAUCCAUGACACAGUCAGAAACCACAUCUGACCAGAGUGACAUUGAAGGCCGGAUCAGGGCCCUAAAGGAUGAGCUACGGAAGAGGAAGUCUGUUGUUUAUCAGCUGAAAAAGGAACAAAAGAAGAGGCAGAAGGAGAGGCUGAAAGCCCAGGAGGCUAGUUUGAUCAAACAGCUAGAGUCUUAUGAUGAGUUUAUAAAGAAGACUGAAGCAGAGCUGAGCCAAGACCUGGAAGCAUCACCCACAGCUAAACCUCAGAUUAAAACUCCAUCUUCGUCUACUGAAAAACCUAAAAUCAAGCCACCUCCACUCCAUAGGCCUGAAGCAACCAAGAAUUGGAAAUCACUGACUGAGUCAGAGCGGUCCAGAGUAUCUUUGGAAUCCAUUGCAGAGCAUGUUGAUGCUGUAUCAUCAAGUUCUGAGAGGUCUGUGUCUGUACACGUCAAGAGACUCAUUGACUCAGAGGUUCAUGCAGAAGAACCUUCCCGAACCCUAUCCCCAGUCUUCAAGUCACCAAGGAGAUCCAGAGCUGAAUCUGGUGAUUCCUUGGACAGUGUGCCCUCAUCAGCUCUUCUCCAAGAUCUAAGAGAUGGUGGCAGAGUAUCCCAUGUGUUAGUGAGCAAGUCAGAAGAUGUAUCCAGUGACGAUAUUGUGUCCAAUCACAAAUCUGAUAUACAAGAGGAGAUGGAAUACAUAAAAUCAGAAGAAUCCGAGGUUGAAGAUGCUAAUAAUAAACACUCAGAGGGUUCUGGUGCUUUGUUGACGCUAGAUAUACACCAGGAAAGCUUACCAGAAGUCCUUCCAAAGAGAGACCUCCACUCUGACACUGAACAGUCUCAGAAGGAACUAUUUAGCUUGACUGCUGAAAAUAUUCAGAGUAGAGAAGAGAUCUCAAAACAGAGACAGACAAUCAAAGAUGAUGUAGGGAGUGAUCAAAGUGACAGAUCAGAAAAGUCCUCUCUCAGCUUGAGCAAGUUGGCACAGGAAAAAGACUUCUCUCUGCCAGAACAAGAUUUUACUCAAAAAGAGCCAUCAUACUCUGAAGAUUUUGUGGGGUCCUCCCCCAGAAAAGAGACAUCAGUUGAAGAAACUCCUUCUGCUGAAUGUUUCAAAGAUGAUUUUGAGAUGCCUACAUUGUCACACAGAAAAGAUUCUCAAUCACUUAGAGAGAAGUCACAGCAUACAAAACCAUCUAGAAGCAGAUCCACCAGCCUUGGCAGUGAAGAUGAAAUCAGUGAAUAUCUCAGUGACAAGUCUCUCUCUGUCUCUGGCAGUGUGCAUUCAGAGAGAUUAUUAGAACUCAAGUCACCAACAGAGUUCAUAAAAAAUAAAGAACGCAGUGAUGUGGAGAAAGAACAAGCCCCCAUUGAAUCACCACUUUGGGUCUCAAUUUCCAUCACAGAAGAAGCAAACACACUGGUAAAUUUCAAUAUUGGUGACAGGAUACUUGUGAGUAACGUCCAGCCUGGAACACUGCGAUUCAAAGGCCUGACCAGUUUUGCCAAAGGGUUUUGGGCUGGAGUGGAGCUGGAUAAACCUGAAGGAAACAACAAUGGGACUUACGAUGGUAUUAAAUAUUUUGAUUGUAAGGAAAAGCAUGGUAUUUUUGCUCCUCCUGAAAAGAUCUCUCACAUUUUAGAAAGUUUUGAUACCUAUAUAGACACGAAUGAAGAUGAAGACUCGUUCUUUGAUGACAGAUUGGGUCAGCACCACAAAUCCGAGCAGAAAGACAAAGAAAGUUCCAAAUCUGGCAAAGAUGAAGAAAGCAAGGGAAGAGAUGCAACUGAGAAAUCGUCCCAAGAUAAAGCUCCACCAGGCAUGACUGCUUUAGAAGCCUCUGUUGGGCAAAAAGUUGAUGAUUACUCCAGUUCUGAAGUAAACCAUAUAAAGGAGGUUUUCACAGCUGUUAGACCACUUGCCAAAGAGCAGUCUGUGGUGGACUGUCUGAAAGAUGCUGUAAAAGAUGAGAUUGUCCAUGCACCAUCGGUUUCUACUAUAGAAAAUGUUGCCACCAUUCUAUUGGAAGGUACCUCAGAUGGUAUAUUGUCUGAAAAGCUGGAGAGGCAGCAGUCCUCACGGGAGGAAUGUACUGAAAAGUCAGAUAAUUUUUCUUCUGGAGUUUUGGAAAAGCCUGCAACUCCACUUCUGGACCUAUUGACCAAGGAAAAGAAUCAAUUAGAAGCCCAACUUAGACUGCCUCUUAGAGAGGAAGAGAAAUCAAAAGACCAGCUAGAAAAGGUCUCCUUAUUGACAGACAGUCUACUUAAGGAUUUUGUUAAGGACACUGUCAAUCAGCUACAGCAAAUCAAGAAGGUCAGGAAUGAGAAGAUUAAUUUUAGCAAUCAGGAGCUCUGUUAUGUUCAAGAGGAAUUAUCAUCCAGAACCCCAGCCCAGCAUAUGGAGGAGCAGGUAGCAAAGGACCUGCAGAACUUUUUUUUAAGUUCUGAAUUGGAAGAUGAAAGAGAAGAAGUUUCCUCUCCAGAUAUGUGUCCCAGACCAGAGAGUCCAGUGUUUGGUGCCAGCGGACAGGAAGAGCUUGCUAAGAGGCUGGCAGAACUGGAGAUCAGCCGGGAAUUCCUGAGUGUGUUAGGAGAUGAUCAAGACUGGUUUGAUGAGGACUUUGGCUUGAGCUCCCACAAGGUCCUGCAGAAGCAAACUGAAGAAUCAGCGGUGCUGCCCAAGACAGAGACACAAAAAGUGCCACCUAAGCCAUGUGAGGAGCCUUUGGCUGUUCCACAUACUGCAGUGGAAGUAGAAGUCAUGGUGCAUGCAGCAGCUGAGGAGCUGUGGAAGUUGAAAGAGCUGGGUCAUGAUCUUCAGAAUAUCAGCCUUCCCAUAGACCUUGGUAAUACCACCAAAGAGCAGGACAUGGAGACUAUAAGCAAACAGGUCUAUAAACAGGCGGUAUUUGACUUGACGAGAGAGAUUUUUCGGGAAAUCUUUGCUGAGGAUCCUAAUCUGAAUCAACCUAUUUGGAUGAAACCAUGUAGAAUUACCUCCACUUACUUCCGGCGAGUAAAAGAUCCAAAUGACCUUGAUGAGAUCAAGAGUUUCAUUGCAGCUGAAGUUCUAAAAUUAUUCAGCUUGAGGAAGGAACCUAAUCACAAAACAGAUUGGCAGAAGAUGAUGAAGUUUGGACGCAAGAAACGGGACAGAGUGGAUCAUAUACUGGUGCAGGAACUCCAUGAGGAAGAAGCUCAGUGGGUGAAUUAUGAUGAGGAUGAGCUCUGUGUGAAGAUGCAGUUGGCAGAUGGGAUCUUCGAGGCCUUAAUCAGAGACACUAUUAAUGUUCUGAACCAGAUAAAUGAAAAACAAGGGAGACUACUGCUUUUGUGACAUCCGUGAUAAUAAACCAGAAACUGCAAAACUUCUUGUCAUGGGCUUUCUGACUCCUGACAUAUACUACAUCUCCACCAUAGCAAUAUUGCUGCUGGACUUACAUACAUGGUUUUAAAGGCAGUUCAGAUGUGAUAAAGGAACACAGUAUUACAUCCCGCUGCCUUUAGAGACCUUACACUGGAUUUGUUGUUGUAAACAAGCAUGGUCCUUCACUUGAUGCUGGCUUGUGGUGUGUUCACACCAUCCUUUUGCUAAUUCAGCACAGAGAAUAUAUGUCAGCACCUCUCCAUGGUCUCAGACUGGGACUGUGAACUUCAGAUUGUACUCUGAAAGUGGUUGGAUGUGGUUGGGUUGAGGUACUGGUCACUUGGCCCAAAAUUGCUGUCAGCAAUCUAAACUGAAGUGAUCUUUAGAAAGGUGUAUUGGGUGAUUUUGAUAACUGCUUGUCAGUUUUUAGCCAUAAAUGGACAUUACAGCAAUUAAUAGUGUUACAUUAUUAACCACUUUGUAUCUGCAGUCCUAACAAUAUGCAUCAAUUUUUCCACUUGAGAGUCCAUUUAAUUCCCUUGAAGUCCAUUCCCAUCUUUCUUCAUGUGAUGUGGUACCAGACAUGAUCGGUGGGCUAACAAAGAGGAACAUGGAUGAGCUUGCUUUUUUGCAUUGAUCUAAAGAAUUCUUACUUGUUUCCUGUCUAAUGUGCUUCAGUCAAGAGUUAAGAGCAAAGUAAAGGCCACCAAAAACUGGGCAUAAUAGACUAGACUAGACGUUGGUCAGCUUUACUCCUACCAUGCAGCAUUUCUUUAUCUCCUGAACUACCAGCAGCUCUUAGAUAAAUGGAUACUCAGGAUUCUCUCAGGCAGUAGACAUGCAGGAGUGGAAAAUGUUUCUUCACAAAACUUUGGCCUUCAAUAGCUCGGCUUCCUCCCUUGCUACCACCCAACCCUAAUAAAACUGCUUCUCUGAUAUUUGAACGAUUAGGGAAAUGAGUAUUCACCAAAGAAAGUGAUGUCCAGUGCUUGACUGUGUACUUGUUCUGUGGUUGUGGGAUUUUUAACUUAUUUUAAGAUAAUUUAUUACAUUGGAGUUAAGGAAAGUGUCCAGUGCAGUGGUUGCACUGUCUUAGGUUUUGAAACAGCAGAACCUGUGAAAGGUACCUAUGUAAUACUGCAUCUGUCCUGGAAACUUCUAGGGUCCAUAUUCUUUGCACAAAAAUCCAGCUUCUUGAGACAGGGGGGUCAAAAAGAAACAAACUUCAGUGGUCAAAUGUGGGAAGAAAAGGGGAAGACUAUGAAAAGAGCCUCAUCCGGACAAAUUUCAGUGAUUGUGGAGUGUUUAAGGGAGUAAUCUGAAGACAAGAUGUGAAAAUAUUUCCUGCUCCCUCAUUACCUGCCUUCCUUCUCACAAAUGUUAUUUUUCCAGAGCAUUAGGCAGUAGGCAGCCACCGUGUUGUAUUUUUGGAGCUGUGCCCUUCGUCUUUGAGUGCUUUCUUAAUCUGUCCUCCCUUUUUGUGUUUCUUGGAUGAACACAGACAAUCUGGGAUUGAGUAUUAAUGCCUUAAUAAUGGAAGUCCUGUUUACUAACAUGGGAUGAGACCCAAAGCAGAUUCAUAUUCUCCAGGCAUGUUGGAGUAUUGAAGUGCAUGCAAAAGCAUGUUAGGAGGCACCCAAAGAUGCUGCAGCCCAUGAUAUGCAUGUGGGGAGAUUUCUGCUCCUUUCCUUCCAUCUGUUUUUGUUUCUUGGAUUUCCUACUGUGCAUACGUGUGCUACUGCUCCGUUAUGUUUCUCUCUCUUUCCAUCUUUCCUUUUUGAGAAACUGUCGUUGGAAUAUUUGCAUUUUGCACAAUGACACACAACUGGUAAUUCUUUAAAUCAGGGACAGCACUGAGAAAUGUUGGCUUUUCAAUCCAAUCAGAUUCUCAGAUGUAGUAGUGCCAGCACCUCAUGUGUGAGUUAUUAAUGGUGAGCCAUAUCCAUGAGAGCUUAAUGAGCAAACAACAAACAGGAGCAAAUAGUGUCUUGGAACACCUCAGAUAGGGCACACGUAUCAAUCCGUAUGUGGUAGCGUUCUUUCUAGCUAUCCAGAAGUCAGAUGAUUUUCAUGGGUGGCAUGCAUCUUUUUCAUGAGUGAUUCACUUGUGUCUGUAAAUUAGCAUUCUGAUGCUAAACCUCAGCAUUGUCUUAAGCAUUUGACAAAAACCAACUACAGCUGCUGUUUAACCAGUAUGGUAUUACUAAUCAGGUCACUGUCUGUUUCCUUUUCCUGGGCCUAUCUUCUUUUCAACAGAGAAUAUUGUUAUUUUUAUACAUAGUUAUAGAAGAGGGCAGAGUACUAGCAGAAGGAGAGAAACCUACAAAGUACAUCUGUGGCAUGGGUAUCAUAGAAAUAAGUUAGUCUCCAUCCCUAGGAACCAUGACCAUUGCUGAGAUAGUAAGAUGGACUGCAUCUCUGAGGCUUCCUGCUGGGAUACAGAGUUUGUGCAUGUGUGGUACAUGCACCAGCAGAGAGUGUAUUGUACUGGCAAUCUUUCAAGAUGUGGAAGAAUGGAGAUUACUUGUGCCCUUGUUGGCUUGAGUAAGCAAAUAUCUAGGUAUCAGCUGCAGAAACAGUUGCUACCUCUCCAGGUCUUUGGGCAAAAAGAAACUGUGUUAAAGUAAUGGUUUUGGAGAGAUCACCAUUUAUUUUUGGUACCAAUUCGUAAUGGGAGCAGCCUAGACUAAAACAACUAUGGCUGUUAAAUUACAUUCUCAACACUAGAUAAUUGUUGAGGUACAAUGGAGGCUAGGACUGAUGAUCAUCGACACUUGGUGAUGGUCCUUCCAGGUCAGGCUUUGUGAUCAAUUGUUGAAGCAGUAUGGGGAAGCCUUGAGUUGAAUAAAGAAAAGCUGAAUUUUCUCUCUUCCCCCCCCCCCCUUUUUAUGUCAAGCCCAAGGUGUUCUGUCUGGGUCAUGGUUGAAUUAUCUUGGUGCAGCAGUGUUGGAAAAUCCAAGGUUGAGGGAACAUGGAAACUCCAGAAUUUUUCUGAGCCCAAAAAUAGGGUGAGCCCUCUAUGGCAGAGUCAGAAAGUGCUGGAUAGAGUUGAUAUGAAGACCUAUGUCCCUUUUCAGUCUAGGAGGAGGUCUGUUAAUGCAAGGUAGAACAGCCCAGGUUUGUAUGAAUAUGGAGAGAGACCACUUCUCUCAGACUAGGAUAAUGCCUGAGGUACAGAUCUGGGCUAUUACUACUUUACCUUUCAGAAAAGGUUUUGUUGCUCAUAAGGUUUUGUGGCCUGUUUGAAAAAUCUGUCUUGUUCACUUUCCUUUCUUGAAAAAGUGGCCUUAGCUUUUUGCAAUACUUGAAUAAAUUGUGUAUGUGCAAAAGAUUUUCAGUAGCACAGCGUUAGAGAGCAUUUAAAUAACGCUUCUGCAAAGAACUGAGUGUAGUUCAGACUUUCAGAUCCCUUAAGAAUACUAGGAGAAUAAAUUCUAUUCAGCAGAGUAACAGUUGAAACUUACAAGGUAUUUAGUUCAAAUUGUAGGAAUUUUGAAGUGUUUACAAAUCAGCUAAAAUGGAGAAAAGCAAAAUAUCCAGAACAUAUUUGAAAUAUAAAAAUUAAAAAUGCAAAAAUAUAUACAGAUGAAAAAGGAGUACUGUAAUUAACCUGCAUUUAAUAGGUUUUUUCCUUGACUUUGCAGAGCCUUUUUAUAUACAUUUGCAAAGCCGCCUUGGGAGACCCUCUCUCCCUGUGUACUGUAUUGUGCAGAUAUUAAAAUAAAUAAACCUGUUUACUGUGUUUGUGUAAAUAACCCGUUAACCUGGUUUCCAUGCCAGUUUUCAGCCAAUAAUCGCAUCCAGUGCAGCUUUGCACAGUAGAGUUAAGGAUGUGGGGUUUUUUGUAAUUAUGAACUGUAAAAUAACCAGGGUUGUCCCUGUGUACACCAAUGUAAAUAUCUUUGUUAACUGAAAUGUACUUUGAGGAUAAAACCUGUAAAUAAACUGAUUUAUAAAUUAA